GUUCCUUCUUGUGGGUUUGCAUUUCGGAAAUACUCCAUCUUUUGGAUUCACAUCGUAAAUACAAAUUGCAGGCUAUCAAUUUCUAUCUUGCACUCUUUCAUUAUUUUACGCAUGUUCCAACUCAAUUAAACGGACUCCCCUUAGCCAACAUAUUUGCAUCGGUCAGCUGAUUCGCUCGAAGAGAGAAACUGACUUGGGAAGAAAAGGGAUUUCCGGAGUUGUUCCAGCCAAUGAGCGCUUUCCACAUGCGGACACCGAACAGUGCAUGCGGAUCAGUCGAGGGGGACUGAAGAGAAACGCUAUUGGUGCUGAUGGUGAUAGUGCGCCCCGGCUCCUUCAUACUGCAACUCAAGGAAUGAGCUGAAGAUACGGCAGGGUCCGGAGCAUUCACCAGCGUAUACUUUAUUUUUAGAAAUCGAAGGACGAGGGAAACCACCAACCGACUUUUUCACAAGGUGCUGGGAAACAACAGAUAAACUUGUUCUUCCUUGUUGUGAUUUUUGACAAGAUUUUGUUGGUAGGGAUUCGCUCGAGGUGGCGACAGGGAUUGAUUCAGUGAAAAACUACUGUCAUCAAGCGGCCAUCCACUAUGGAGAACACUCACACGAAGACAGUGGAGGAAGUUUACAGUAACUUCAAUGUAAAUGAAAGCACUGGGCUCAGCUUGGAUCAAGUGAAGAAGCAGAAAGAGAAAUAUGGAUCUAACGAACUGCCUGCUGAGGAAGGAAAAUCUUUAUGGGAGCUUGUCAUGGAGCAGUUUGAAGACUUACUUGUGAGGAUUCUGCUUCUAGCAGCCUGCAUAUCUUUUGUGCUGGCCUGGUUCGAGGAGGGCGAGGGGACCAUCACCGCCUUCGUGGAGCCCUUCGUUAUCCUGCUCAUCCUCAUCGCCAACGCAAUUGUUGGUGUGUGGCAGGAACGGAAUGCAGAGAAUGCCAUUGAGGCGCUGAAAGAGUACGAGCCGGAGAUGGGGAAGGUGUACCGGCAGGAUCGCAAGAGUGUGCAACGCAUCAAGGCCAAAGACCUCGUCCCCGGAGACAUCGUGGAGGUGGCUGUGGGUGACAAAGUUCCUGCCGACAUCCGCCUCACUUCAAUCAAGUCCACCACGCUCCGGGUGGACCAGUCCAUUCUGACAGGAGAGUCAGUUUCAGUCAUAAAGCACACUGACCCCGUGCCUGACCCCCGCGCAGUCAACCAGGACAAGAAGAACAUGCUCUUCUCCGGUACCAACAUUGCCGCGGGCAAGGCGGUGGGCGUGGUGGUGGCCACGGCCGGCUCCACGGAGAUCGGCAAGAUCCGCGACGAGAUGGCGGGCACGGAGCAGGAGCGCACGCCUCUGCAGCAGAAGCUGGACGAGUUUGGCCAGCAGCUGUCCAAGGUCAUCACGCUCAUCUGCAUCGCCGUGUGGCUCAUCAACAUCGGCCACUUCAGCGACCCCGUGCACGGAGGCUCCUGGAUCCGCGGUGCCGUCUACUACUUCAAGAUCGCCGUGGCACUGGCUGUCGCCGCGAUCCCUGAAGGUCUUCCGGCUGUCAUCACCACCUGCCUGGCUCUGGGCACUCGUCGCAUGGCCAAGAAGAAUGCCAUUGUGCGCUCACUGCCCUCUGUGGAAACACUGGGUUGCACCUCUGUCAUCUGCUCAGACAAGACAGGCACGCUCACCACCAAUCAGAUGUCUGUCUGCAGGAUGUUCAUUGUUGACAAAGUGGAAGGAGCCGGUUGCGCCCUGAAGGAGUUUACCGUCACUGGAUCCACCUACGCCCCUGAGGGAGAAGUUUUCCUUGAUGGCAAGACAGUCAAGUCUUCCCAGUAUGAGGGUCUAGUGGAGAUGGCCACCAUCUGUGCCCUGUGCAAUGAUUCAUCGCUGGACUACAAUGAGGCCAAAGGAGUGUUUGAGAAGGUGGGAGAGGCCACGGAGACGGCCCUCACCUGCCUGGUGGAGAAGAUGAACGUGUUUGACACCGAUCUCAAAGGCCUGUCGAAGAUCGAGAGGGCCAACUCCUGCAAUUCUGUGGUGAAGCAACUGAUGAAGAAGGAGUUCACACUGGAGUUUUCCCGCGACAGGAAGUCCAUGUCUGUGUACUGCACUCCCAACAAAGCCCGCUCAUCCGUUGGCAAGAUGUUUGUGAAGGGAGCUCCAGAGGGUGUUGUGGACCGGUGCACACACAUCCGCGUGGGAAGCAACAAGGUGCCCAUGACCGCCGGCAUCAAGGAGAAGAUCAUGUCCGUGAUCCGGGAGUACGGCUCCGGCCGCGACACGCUGCGCUGCCUGGCCCUGGCCACCAGAGACAACCCCCCCAGCAAGGACCAGCUCAACCUACAGGACUGCACCCGCUUCGUAGACUACGAGACGGACCUGACGUUCGUGGGCUGCGUUGGCAUGCUGGACCCACCGCGGUCCGAGGUGGCCGCCUCCAUCAAGCUGUGCCGCCUGGCGGGCAUCCGCGUCAUCAUGAUCACCGGCGACAACAAGGGUACGGCCGUGGCCAUCUGCAGGCGCAUCGGUAUCUUCGGCGAGGGCGAGGACGUGACACACAUGGCCUACACGGGCCGCGAGUUCGACGACCUGUCGCCGACCGCCCAGCGCGAGGCCGUGCUCACGGCCCGCUGCUUUGCCCGCGUCGAGCCCUCGCACAAGUCCAAGAUCAUCGAGUUCCUGCAGUCCUACGAUGAGAUCACCGCCAUGACUGGUGAUGGUGUGAAUGACGCACCUGCGCUCAAGAAAUCCGAGAUUGGCAUUGCCAUGGGUUCCGGUACUGCCGUAGCCAAGUCUGCCUCAGAGAUGGUGCUGGCCGACGAUAACUUUUCCACCAUUGUGGCGGCUGUGGAGGAGGGCCGGGCAAUCUACAACAACAUGAAGCAGUUCAUCCGCUACCUCAUCUCCUCCAACGUGGGAGAGGUCGUCUGCAUCUUCCUGACGGCGGCGCUGGGCUUCCCCGAGGCUCUUAUCCCGGUGCAGCUGCUGUGGGUGAACCUGGUGACGGAUGGCCUGCCCGCUACCGCCCUGGGCUUCAACCCCCCCGACCUGGACAUCAUGAGCAAGCCCCCCCGCAACGCCCGCGAGCCCCUCAUCUCUGGCUGGCUGUUCUUCAGAUACCUUGCCAUCGGAUGCUAUGUGGGUGCCGGUACUGUUGGAGCUGCUGCCUGGUGGUUCAUUGCUGCUGAGGAUGGACCCAGGAUUUCCCUUUACCAGCUGUCCCACUUCCUGCAGUGUGGGGCUGAUAACCCUGAGUUUAAGGACGUGGCCUGUGAGGUCUUUGAGUCGCCCUACCCCAUGACCAUGGCCCUGUCUGUGCUCGUCACCAUCGAGAUGUGCAACGCUCUCAACAGUGUGUCGGAGAACCAGUCUCUGCUGAGGAUGCCCCCAUGGGAGAACGUGUGGUUGCUAGGCGCCAUCUGUCUGUCCAUGUCCCUGCACUUCCUCAUCCUCCACGUGGAGCCUCUGCCGAUGAUCUUCCAGAUCACACCCCUCGACUUGACCCAGUGGCUGAUGGUGCUGAAGAUCUCUCUGCCUGUAAUCCUGCUGGACGAGGUGCUCAAGUUUGCGUCCCGUAACUACCUGGAUCCCCCGAAAGAGCUGGAGGAGGAGAAGAGCAGCGGCUGCUCGCUGGGCGCCUGUCUGGAGGGCAUCUCCUGGCCCUUCGUGGCCUUCUCCCUGCCCAUGUUGAUCUGGCUCUACAGCACUGACACGAACCUGGCCGAGUUGUUUUACUCCUCCUGACUGAUCUAAGCACAACGAAAACAAAAGCCCCCCCGACCCCCCCCCCCCCACCCCCUCUUCCCCCUCCGUUUUGUGUUGUAGCUAGGGAUUGUGUGAGCGUUCGUGUGUUUGCGUGCAAGUAUGCGUGCGUCUUAAAAGUGUGCCUGUGCAACGGUGAGUGUGCACGAGAAGGACAAAAUGUUUAACACAACCAUAACAAUAAUAUAAAAGAAAAAAAAAGCCUAAACUAUUUUCUUUUUAAUAAAAGUGUAUUCGGGAGGGGGUGUAUGUGGGGGGAGUGGGGGCACAUUCCUUUCUUUUAAGUGUCUUGGGUCCUUUUCUCCCACGGGGUGGACUAGUUCUGCCACAUCUGGUCUUCAGCUGAUCAGUUUCUCUUUUUAUGUUUGUCAAUUGGUUGCAUUUUUAAUAAGUUUUUACAAUUUGAAAUUGUAACUUUUCCAUUUUCUAAAGCAUAAACUUUUGUUUUCUGGUGCCCCCUACCCCCUGGAACAUAUGGCUGAGAGAUUGAACCGUGGUCCAGAGAUGUGUACAGAGAUUGAACACUAUUUUAUGCAAGGUCUUCGUUCGCCUUUUUUUUUUUUAUUAUUAAUUCAUUUUUGUAAAUGUGUUGUUUGUGAAAUGGAGAGUGCGCGGUAGUGUGGACUUUGGUCGUUUGAGGUUGUUUACUGAUGUUUACUGUUGUUUCUUUCGUCCGAACAAACAUCAAACUCUUACAGUGUGAACUGUGUGUGUGCGCGUACGAGUGUGUGUGUGUGUGUGUGUCGUGUAAGAGAUGCAUGGGUUGGAGUUGAGUGGCGUUUGGAUGGGAGGGUUUUGAAGGGCAUCAGGGAACUGAGUGAAUGUUCAUUUGUUCACAACUAUAAAGUAAAAACAAAUCAGAAAAUUACUCCAAAAACAAGCAUGUUUUUGUGAUCUUGCAUGCACUGUGCCCCCCCCCCCCCCAUUGAUCUAAAUACUGUGUGCGUCCCCUGGUUAUAUGUAGUAAUAAUAACGUUCAUAUUAUUACUUUGGAUUCUCUGGUUAUUAUUCUAACAAUACAUUCUUAUUAGUAAAGCCAGUUUUUUUCUGCACUAGGCAGAGCACAGCUACCUCAAUACAGACUCCAUUCCCCCCCACCCCACCCGCCCGUCUGUCCCUUCCUCCCUCGUCAGCCUCGGUCACCGGGCUUCUGUACGACACCAGAGCCACAACCAUCACAGCUCCCUCCUCCCCUGAACCUCCCAUUCGCUCGUGCACAAAACAAACAACAAAACUACGAAAUCGAGACCAAAUCAUUCCCAUUUUUUUUUUUUUUUUUUAAGGAUUUAUUUCGUCUCUCAGUGUGAUUUAUAAUUGACUUUGACAUAGAUUAACUUAAUUUUUAUUUUUAUUUUUUUCUUUGGGUGUGAUUUAUGUUUUUUUUCCUGUUUCCUUAGGUUGGGUGGGGUGGGUUUAGAUUGUAAGGAUGUAAAUGUUACCGAUAGGGGAUUAAAAGGGGUGUGUGACUGUAUGAAUCAGAAGAUACAACAACAAUAAAACCGAAACAACCGAUUGUGAGGAUUUUGUUUUCCAGUUUUUCAAUUUUGCAAUGGCGGUAAUUGAGAACAUGAACUUGAGAAAAAAAGCUAUUGUCACACUUUUUAUUUUCUACAUGAAAAGAAAAUACACUCAUAUGAACCAUACAAAUUUGGGCCUCUUUGUCUUCAUUUUAAACUAUUGAGAUUUUCCAUUUAGUCUGUUAUUAGCACUGCCUGUUAAGUUAAUGGUGCGAAAAUAUACUUGAAUAUUCAUCUUAAGGUGCAGUAAAAUAGUGUUUUUAGCUAGGGGGCCACUGAAUUGGGCUGAAGGUGACAUGAAUUUAAGAAGAUAUUUCUUCAGCUCUGGAAGGGUUGUAUAUUUGUACACAGCCCAUACAAAACAUUAGUUUCAUUCGGAUGCCUUUUAUAGAUGUAGAAGGAUAGACAUUCCAUUGUUUAGACAAGUUCUUUCCAUAAACACAUUAAUUGCAAAGUAGGUAUGGUUGAUGGCUGAGGCAGUAAAAUUUGAUCUGUAAGAGACCGCCUGCUCUUCAUUCUGCAAUUCAGCACUGUCUUGUCAUGCUUUAACAACAGUCUGCUUUUUCCCCCACUGCAUGCCAAUGGCUUUCCCCUAAUCAACUUUGGCUUUGAAAAACACGGAGUCCUUCACAGGGAGAACGAUGUCCCUGUGAGCCUGUUAAGCUUGACGCCACAAAUUAAGACGAUCUGCAUAUUAAUUGUUGUAGGUGGAGCAUUGACGAAUAUGGAUGAAUGUAAAUAAAAACCAUGCAAGGAAUAGACCAUGAUUCAUGUGGACUCAAUAGGGCCAGGGCCUUACCUCAUCGUGGGUGUGUGAAUCUAUCUGUAGGUAGGCUAGGCCUGUGGGGAUUGUGAGAUCAAGGUAACUUGGUUCAUUCCCUAUAGCAAGAGUAAACCUUUGUCGUUAACAAGGUCAUUGUUUUCCAUUUUCCAUUGGUCUUCAGUAGAACUUCAAAAUGUUACCUAAAUAUUACAAACAUCAAUGCAUGCCUUCAGUUGUAGGCUACGUUGCCAAAUUGCUUUAUCUGUAUUUAUAGGAAAACUCUUGGCGAAAUGGUGGCUAAAUUCUUCAUGUGAUGUUAUAAAUCAUCUCGGAACCAAUAUGUAUUAGAUUAGCUCCUACAUGUCAUGAACAGAUAAUUAUAUUUUCCUAAGGAAAUAUUUUAAAGAGUUAGGACAAUACUGGCCGACUUAUGAUGCCGACAAGGCUAGUAGGCUGCAGGAUGCAGUCAGGUUGGCCCUGUCGAAAACAUCGACCUUGUCUGUAUAUCGAUAUACAGUCCGAUAGAGAGACUGAACGAGGACCAAGAAGUCCAGGUGUAUCACUGACACGUAGACUAGGGGUUAGAGAAAUAUGUAUAAUGUAAGAGUUGUUAAAAGCACUGAGCAGGCCUUCUCUGUUUUUUGUCUUUUUGUCUUUUUGUUUUGCAUUCUUUUCAUAGGGUUUGCCCCUGUAAUAGCAUGUAUAUAUGUCAUAGAUGAACAAUCAUUAUUUGUAAACUAAUAAUCAUGUACCUACAUUUUGCACAGAUGGUUGUUCUACUGAUAUUGUAGAUUCAAGUUAAUAAACAAUGUAAAGACUUUA